AUGGCGGGUCGUGGAAAAACUCUCGGAUCUGCGGCGGUGAAGAAGGCGACUACAAGGAGUAGCAAAGCCGGUCUCCAGUUUCCGGUGGGUCGUAUCGCUCGUUUCCUGAAGAAAGGAAAGUACGCCGAGCGUGUUGGUGCCGGAGCUCCGGUCUACUUAGCCGCCGUUCUCGAAUACCUCGCCGCUGAGGUUUUGGAAUUGGCUGGAAACGCGGCGAGAGACAACAAGAAGACGAGGAUUGUUCCGAGGCACAUUCAACUCGCGGUGAGGAACGACGAGGAGUUGAGCAAGUUGCUCGGCGAUGUGACCAUUGCUAACGGAGGAGUGAUGCCCAACAUCCACAGCCUUCUCCUUCCCAAGAAGGCCGGUGGUUCCUCGAAGCCAUCUGCUGACGAAGAUUAG